CAGUCCAAUUCUGACCUUUAACCCAAAAUGAAAGUUUUUGCAACGUUUCAACUUUACUGGUUAAAAAGACUGGUUUUAUGACACUUCCUACAUCGGUAUGGACUACAAAAGUGAGCAAAAUGAUGAAAAAGAGGCUUUGCAGGCUAUAUUUGAAGAAGAUUUCACAGAUCUUGCUACAACACCAUGCAGUUUCAUGAUAAAAGUGAAGGACUUGGAAGUUCAACUUUCAGGUCCGGUGUACGUAAAGAUAACAUACAGGGAGAGAUACCCAGACGAGGCCCCGGCUAUAGAGAUACCUCUCCGCUCUCACGUUCUCACCCCCCAGCAACAUGCAGACUUGCUAGGCCAUCUGAAAACAAUAGCAGAAGAGAGUGUCGGCAUGGCCAUGGUGUUUACCAUAGUGGAGGCAGCCAGGGACUGGAUCAACCAUAACGUGACUCCAGACACACCCGACGAGGAAAAGCCACAGGAUCAGGCAGAAGAAGAACCAUCAGACUUCUCAGACCUGCUGUCCUCACCUGUGGAUCCUGAGGUUACAGACAGCAGAAACACUGGAGGGAGAUGGAACUUUGUCAUAGGACUGGUGGGUAAGCCCUCUGCUGGAAAGUCCACCUUUUUCAAUGCAGCCAUGGCCCAAAACCAGGCCAGAACUGCGGCCCACCCCUUCACUACUAUAGAGCCCAACUUUGGCAUUGCCUACUUCAGUGUGCCCUGUCCUUGUGCCAAGAUGGACCAUCGAUGUGAAGCAGCCUAUGGCCAUAACUACAAAGGGGAGAGACUGGUACCUGUGUUGUUGAAGGAUGUUGCAGGGUUAGUUCCUGGGGCAGCCGAUGGCAAGGGAAGAGGAAACAGGUUCUUGAAUGAUCUGUUAGAUGCUGAUGUUCUGAUCCACAUCAUUGAUGCAUCAGGACAGACAGAUGAGAACGGGGAGGAGACCACAGGGUACGAUCCAACCAAGGAUGUCCGGUGGCUCAACAUUGAAAUACAUCGUUGGAUCUAUGACAACAUCAUGAACAAGUGGGAGUCCAUUGUGAAGAGACCACUUAAGCUGCUGGACAUGUUUACUGGGUACCAUGCUUCUAGAUCCACCAUCCAAUCAGCCUUUACUGCAGCUGGCAUCGAUACAAGGAGGUUGGUAGAGACCCUCCCUGGAUGGGACUCCAACGUCCUCCCCAAACUGGUGACUGAGUUCAUCAGGAUCCGUUUCCCCAUGGUGCUGGGACUGAACAAGUCAGACCGACCUGAGGCAGAAAACAAUAUACAGAGGAUACAGGAGGCCUAUCCGAAUGCAGCCACCAUGCCCAUGAGUGCCCUGAGUGAAUGUAAACUACAGGAAUUGCAGAAGGAAAACCUCCUGCACUACCGUUACGGAGAACCAUCAUUCCUGACUGACGAUGAAUACCUCAGGCCUCUGUCUUCCACAACGGUUGAGCAACUGGACAGGAUACAAAACAAUGUACUUGCUAAGUUUGGUUCCACCAAUGUCCACAAUGCCCUGAACCUUGCAGUGUCUUUGAAGUCACCUACUUUUGCCUUCCCUGUACAAGACUUGGACACACUCAUGUCGCUAGACCACAGGCAGAAGGGGGAAGUGCCAGGGGUGCUUAAGGACUGUAUAGUGCUGAGACCAGGUACUACAGUGGGGCACCUACACACAGUGCUGGUACAUGCUCUAGAGCUCUUGAAAGGAACAUUUGUCCGAGCAGAGGCAAGAGAAAUCAAUGGAGACAAACGUGUUGUCAGGAAAGAUGAGGUCAUCGGACCAUCCAACAACGUCAUCAAAAUCAUGACAUCUCCAAAAUCUUCUCACUCGUAGAAGUUCUUGUUAAAUACUAGUUUUACUGCUAAUCCCCUCUUAGAUUGUGCCAUAUUCUCCUAUGCAGAGACAUCCAACGGCGCCAGCAAACCGCCUCUUGUAUGUACUCUGCUAUCUCAACUGUCACCAUCGGUUCCUGACUGCCCUGCUUAUAAA